GAGAGAGAGAGAGAGAGAGAGAGAGAGAGAUAAGGACUUGUGCUUAGCCAAGUAGUAAAUACCAGCAGCAACUGACCCUGCUCCUCUCUUUUUCAUUCCCCCAAAAACUGUUCGACCUUGAAUGCCCCUUCAAGAAUCUCUCUUGUCCACUCUGUCAUUGAAAGUUCUUCCUUUUCUUAGUUCCCAGGCCCUUAGUGAAGAACAGAGGAAGAGGGUUGUGAUAAUGCAUGUGUGACUCUUGACUUUGUUGGUGUUUCUCUUUUUGCAUUUCUCACAUUUUGAAGGCAUUGACUUGAAGACUUUGCUGGGUCUUUUUCAAUUCUUGAGGUUUUGAAGAUUGGAGCUUUUGCUUGGUUAUGGUUAUGGGGUUGCCUUUGCAGCUGCUUGGUGUCAAAGGCUUUGGAAUGGGUUGGUGACAGUGGACCUGUUUCAGUCUCUCAGUUCUUUACCUUCAACAUGAAGCCUAUUUGCUGUCUCUCAUGGGUUUGAACUUGUUCUUGUAGUGAAACCUGAAAAGUGAAUAUUAGAGCAGGGGGAGAAAUUUUGUAUUGAGUUGGAAAGUUGGGGUCUUAGUUGCUUUUGGGAGAUAACCUAAAUGCAUGGAUCGAAGGGACCAUAUGGCAAUGUCGGGGUCAGCCUCUUAUUAUUCACCUAGAUCAUUAACUGGGUCUGCAACACAGUCUGGGUUACUUGGAUCACCAGGCAUGCAUCCCUUAUCUAAUCCAAAUGCAGUAUUUCAGUCCAAUUUGGGAGCAGGUUCUAUUGGAUCAACAUUACCAGUAGAGCCAUCGUCGACCAUUUCACCUCAUGGUGUCAAUGUGGGUGCACUGUCUGUGGCGUCACAAGGUGAAUCUAUGAAAAGAAAAAGAGGAAGACCUCGAAAGUAUGGACCUGAUGGAACUGUUUCAUUGGCACUGUCUCCUUCAACAUCCUUAAAUCCUGGGAUGGUAGCUUCAAGCCCAAAGCGAGGUAGAGGGAGGCCACCAGGUUCCGGGAAGAAGCAACAAUUAGCAUCACUUGGUGCAAUGUUGUCUGGUUCAGCUGGAAUGGGUUUCACUCCGCAUGUUAUCACCAUUGCAAUGGGAGAAGACAUUGCAACCAAAAUAAUGGCAUUCUCACAGCAAGGACCGAGAGCUCUCUGUGUUUUAUCAGCCAAUGGUCCUGUCUCUACUGUGACUCUUCGUCAACCCUCCACUUCUGGUGGCACAGUCACAUAUGAGGGACGGUUUGAGAUCAUUUGUCUAUCAGGCUCUUACUUGCUCACUGAAAGUGGUAGCUCCGGAAAUCGAACUGGUGGUCUUAGUGUCUCCCUUGCUAGUCCUGAUGGUCGUGUUGUUGGUGGAGGAGUAGGAGGAAUGCUAAUUGCAGCUGGCCCUGUACAGGUAAUAGUGGGCAGCUUCAUAUGGGGUAGUUCAAAGACAAAGACCAAGAAAAAAGAUGCUAUAGAAGGUGUCACAAACUUCGACCAUCAGAUAGUUGACAACUCUGUCCCAUAUAAUAGCAUGCCACCCGAUCAAAAUUUUCCUCAAGGGUCAUCGCUGGUGGGGUGGCCAUCACCACGACCAUUGGAUAUGCGUAACAGUCACGGCGACAUUGAUUUGAUGCGAGGAUGACAACAUUAUUUGCGCCGGCAUGCAUUGUAUUGUAUAUUUCAGUUUCAUGGCCAGUCAGACUUAUUUCGGUGAAGCACCAGUGAGGAAAACAGAAGCCAGCUGAUUCUGGGUUUGUUAAUUUUAACUUCAUUUAUUCGGUCAUGAUAGAAUCCUGUUGUACUCAUAUUUCUUUCAGUUACGUCGAGAUUUUAGUUUGACAUUUAGCAUUCAUGAUUUCAAUUUACCUUCAUCUGUCCUUGGACUUGUAGAGUGAGUCUUGUAUCUAUGAAUAGUGGGAAUAUUCUUGAUAAACAACGUUCUUAUUCUUAAUAUGUACUAAAGAGAUCAUACCG